AUCCACCGACAGGUUAUUCUUUGUUUGUUUUAAUCUACUACAACCAGGAAAUUAAAGUUUUCAAUCUAUAUCCUUCAACUUUUCCUUUAGAUGUUUUGAUUGAUUUCACUCAGUUUUCUAUCAAUUGAGUUUCCUAUUGUGGGUUUACUUGAUUGGCCAUUUACCUACCAGAAAGGUUCAAGACAAAGCCCAAAAGCCCCAUGUCCGUGACGCCAAAUUUUAGGCAGCUUACCAGCAAUAGACGGCAACUAGGGUUGUCCUUUGUAUCUUACCCAACACCAACAGAUAAUUGAAGCACUUGUAUUCUCAGCAGACGGAAAAUUAUGAUGCAGGCGCCUUAUGAUGCAACGGUGCGGUUGAUGUUGGCUUCUCUGGAGCGGAAUUUGCUGCCUGAUGCUGUUAUAAGGAGGCUAACACGGUUGCUCUUGGCUAGCCGUCUCCGCUCUGGUUAUAGACCCUCCAUUGAACUCCAACUCUCUGACCUCCUCCAAUUCGCUCACUCUUUAAAGGAGAUGCCUAUAGCUAUCAAGACAGAUAAGCCUAAAACUCAACAUUACGAACUGCCAACAUCUUUCUUCAAGUUGGUUCUUGGGAAGAACUUCAAAUACAGUUGUUGUUACUUCUCUGAUGGGUCGAGAACUUUGGAGGAUGCUGAGGAAGCAAUGUUAGAGCUGUACUGUGAGAGGUCGCAAUUGAAAGAUGGGCACACAGUUCUUGAUGUGGGGUGUGGAUGGGGUUCACUUUCUCUGCACAUUGCCCGGAAAUAUCCCAAUUGCAGGGUCACAGGAAUCUGCAAUUCCACCACACAGAAAGCUUUUAUAGAGGAGCAAUGCCGGGAUCAUCAGUUACAGAAUGUGGAGAUCAUUGUUGCAGACAUAAGCUCAUUUGAAAUGGAGGCAUCAUACGACAGGAUAUAUUCCAUUGAAAUGUUUGAGCAUAUGAAGAACUAUCAGGAUCUUCUCAAGACGCUAUCCAAGUGGAUGAAACAGGAUAGUCUUCUUUUUGUUCAUUAUUUCUGCCAUAAAGCAUUUGCUUACCACUUUGAGGACAUAAAUGAAGAUGACUGGAUAACUAGGUACUUCUUCACAGGAGGUACAAUGCCUUCAGCUAAUCUGCUUCUUUAUUUCCAGGAUGAUGUUUCUGUUGUCAAUCAUUGGCUUGUGAAUGGGAAACAUUAUGCACAGACUAGUGAAGAGUGGCUCAAGAGAAUGGACCAAAACCUGGCUUCCAUUAAGCCAAUAAUGGAGUCAACCUAUGGCAAGGAUCAGGCUGUCAAAUGGACCGUCUAUUGGAGAACAUUCUUUAUCGCUGUUGCAGAACUUUUUGGAUACAAUAAUGGAGAAGAAUGGAUGGUUGCACUAUUCCUAUUCAAAAAGAAAUGAAGCAGUCAAUGCUCCUUUCCACCUGAAACCAACAUUGGAGGAUAAAAGUAUGUUCAUUUUGCAAUAAAAGGCUGCUAUAUGCAAUUAUUACUUCUAUAACAGGAACUCCAGAAUUGUUGAAUAACAUAUUCAUACCUGAUGAAAUUGGUCUUCCAGGGCUCUUGUAUUCCAAGAAAGCUGUAACAACCGCAUCAGGAACCAAAAUAGCCUAUUUUUUCCAAUGUUUUACUUGGUGCUGUUAUCUUAUAUGUUAGUAAUCCUUGCUAGUUUUUUAUUUGUUAAGUUAAUCCUUACUAGUUACUAUUGUUUAAUUUCAAUUUUAACCAGUGCCCCUUUGUGGGAGUUCAGGGAGUAUACAUAAUAUAAGAGAAUA